ACUUUUCGUUGUUUUUGCAGUUACAGCUGGUGUUUGUUUUGUGAUUUUUCGCGGCUAAGUGAAACGGAAGGUUCUGAGGGGGGGGUCAGUCGUUGAAGUAUUUGGUUGUGGUGUCUAUUGAGUCUCAGUAUCAUUAUACCCACGCACGCAACCCCACUUGGUCAUAACGCUUCCUUUCAACUAUUUUCGUAGAAUUUUUACGUGACGCGUAUCCUGUUACCCUUGGUGUACUGUAAUUGCAUUGUAGAUAAUAAAUAAAUAAUAUUCAUGGUUGAAAAGCAAAACGGUAAACUGUUCACUCAAGCUGUCGGUUUGAUAUGUUUCAGUAUUUCUCACCAUAUAAUUAUCGAAAUAGUUUAAUCUAGUAGAAUAAAUCGCUUAGUUUUAGUUUACUUACUCUGUGCAUUUUGUGUACCUAGGACAUUCUUGUUGAGUAGUGUUCUUCCCUGGUUGAAAGAUCUAACGGGUAUUCCAUUGUGUGAAAUAAAGUCGAUUUGACCUCAUCGAUUUAUAAACAUGGGAAUUAUCUUCUCUGCCACGAUGACGAAUUGGAAGGUCGUCGUAUUGCAUUUAUCUGGUAUUUAGUCCCUGAUGAGUGGGACAGGGAAAAUAAUGGUGGUGAAUUACAAUUGUUCGAGAGUGAACCGGUCGAUGACAAUAAGGAUAGUGUGAAUGCAGGAAAAUUUAUGCCUACAGCGAUUUCCACUACUUUACCACCAAAACGCAAUACAUUCACGUUUUUUGAAGUAUCACCGCGAUCGUUUCAUCAGGUUGCUGAAGUCUUGGGUCAUUCCAAACGUGUAUCAUUGCAUGGAUGGUUUCAUGGACCAAGUCUGUGGACCGUCAGUAAUAAUACAGUCCAGUCGAUUGAAAAGAUUUCGCCUGUACACAUAGAAGAAGAAUUAGUUUAUCAGUGGAUAAAUCCAGUUUACUUUAAUCCACAACAGGUGAACAAAAUUCGACGGCGGUUUUGUAGAUCUUCAGAAAUCCAGUUGACUAAUUUUAUAAAAGUGGAUAAAUGGAAGGAACUUGUACAAUGCCUAGAUGGCAUACCUGCGAACAACUGGUUUCAUUGUGGUCCUGCUAACAGACGGAAUUAUGACUGUCUGUCUGUCAGUGAAGACAUUGACAAAUUUACACCUGAUUUAUGCCGUCAAAUUGUUCGUCUUUUCAAAUCUGAAGCAAUGCUAGUGAUAUUGAGUGAUCUCACAGGAAUUCAAUUGCAUCCAUGUGGGUUAAUCAGUGAAAGUGGUAAAACUGGUGUUGAUGAAGAUAUUGCCAGUAAGGCAGUUGAACUUGCUCCAGAGUCUAAGCGUAUGCGAACUGAUAAUCAUCUGAACAACUUAACAACAACUGAUGAUGACUGUCCAACAUAUUUAACAGAGCCUUGUUUACGUAAAUUUCAUAAGGGCAGUUAUACUUUACUCUCAGAUGUUGAUAUGUUAAAUCAAGGUUGGAGAGUGGAAUGCAUACUACACAUUCAUGGUUAUUGUGGCAGUGGUCAUGGUGGCGAUUAUGAUUUGGUUUGCCAGGAUAGUAAAAUAGAGGACUGUAGUCGAAUCAAUAGUCGAUCAGCUUGGAAUUCUUCAUGGGGUGGACAAAUGGUCUAUGUGACUGAUGGUGAAACAGAUGAGUUGCUUACAGUCACACCGUCUGACAAUGCUUUGACUUUGGUGUAUGUCGAUUCAUGUACAACGAGUUUCUUGAAGUAUAUCAAGAAAACAGCUGGUGAGUCUUCCGUGGAAAAGCUAAGCGAUGAAGAAGGUAACCUUGAUAACUUACCGUCUGUUGUUGAACCCUCUCAUCUGAGUGAAAAUCAUAUUGACAAGGAAUCUGUUCGGUUCUAUGACUUAUUUGUCAAGUAUUUUGAGUCUAGAUCAGAUCUAGAAGAAGAUGUGAACAGCCAAAACUGUGCUUUGGGAGAGGAUGAUGAUGUUAUCAGUAACAACAGUGCUGAUGAUGAUGGAUCGAGUUUGUCACCGUCUGAGGACGAUGAUGAUGAUGAUGAUGAUGACGAGGAGGAAGAGGAGAAGGGUGAACAGGAAGAAGUGGACCUAACUUAAAGUUGACCUGUGUACAUACAUACAUAUAUAUACCUUUAAUUAAUUAUAUUUUCUAAUGAAUAAAUCUCUUUAUAUC